ACCCUACACUACAGGAAAUGAUGCCUUUGUGGCAGUACCAGCCCCUAGGCUUCCCAAGUUCUGGGCAGCUUCUCUCAAUGGUCAGAUUAUACAGAGCCCAAGCUCCAGCUGAACAGAAAUGAGUUGCUUCUUUGAGUCAGGGUGUAUUUCUGGUCUCCUGGCAGCCCCUUCAGCCUGGGCCUCCCAACCACAGGGCCUGAAGGACAACUCUAAUUUGCCCCGCAGGACACAGGACUGCUAGCAGCAAAAUCAGGGUUACAUGGAUUCAACAUUAUUCCAGCAGGAUAUAUGGCACGAUGAGCUUUGGGACAAGCCCUGGGAUGUGGCUGGCCUGAUAGUGAUUGGCACAUUCAUCUCUACAGUCCUGUUUUUCAUCUUGUUUGCUGUUACAUUUGGGUUGCUCUUUCCAAGGGAAAGGAUCAGGAGUGAUGAGCAGUGAUCUGAUUUUCGGGGGGCUGAGAAGGCAGCAGGUGAGGGGGACUGACUAGCUCACCCUGUACUGGAAGUGGGCCCCACCACAGUCCCCUCUGGUUCAGGAGCUAAACCCUGGUGUCUUUCUUUUUUCUUUUUUCCUCAUCAGGGAAGAGAGCCUGAUCAGAUAAUGGACCUGGCAUAGGGCUGGUCAGAUAGCAGGAUGGGGAGGUGGGUUUGAUACAGAUCCUGGGACUGCUACCAUAUAUGCCAUCCAAACCAUGCAGCCAUGUGGGAGAGGGCCUUGCCUCUGCCUCAUGCUAACAAGUUCUCCUCACCGGUUCCCAGCCCAGCCAGCGACUUUGUAAGUCUUUGGCAGAAGAGGACACAAAAUAAUCAGAUGAAGUAAAAAUUCCUUUUCAAAUCUGCUAA